AUGGCUGACCAGAACGAGAAAAUUCUUCACCGUCUGUUGCAACAGGACGGGAACAGCAUCUGUGCGGAUUGUGAUUCGAAAAAUCUAGAAUGGGCCUCGUACAACAUCGGAAUAUUCCUGUGUACCCGUUGCUGUGCGGUCCAUCGCAGCAUGGGUGCCCACAUAUCGAAAGUGAAGCAUCUCAAGCUGGACAAGUGGGAGGACAGCCAGAUCCAGCGCAUGAUCGAGGUCGGUAACAAGGCGGCGAGACUGAAAUACGAGAACCGAGUACCUGCUUGCUACCGAAGACCAAGAGAAAAUGAUCCACAAGUGCUAAUCGAACAGUGGAUAAGGGCAAAAUAUGAACGGUUGGAAUUUUGCAUGAUUGAACGUCCGAGCUACACAUCCGGCCGGAUGGAAGGUUUCCUGAUGAAGCGCGGCAAAGAGGAUAGUCGCUACCAGCCACGGAAAUUCGUGCUGUCUGGAUUACAGGACACGUUACGCUACUAUGUGAGAGAAAAGCGCGAACCAAAGGCGGUACUGCGGAUAUCGGAAUUGAACGUGGUGUACGCACCGUCCAAAAUUGGCAAUCCAAACUCUCUGCAGCUAACAUUCAUGAAAGAAGGCACCACACGUCACAUUUACGUUUACCACGACGAUCCGGAAGUCAUCAAUAACUGGUAUAUGGCGAUUCGAUGCGCGAAACUACACCGACUCCAGAUCGCCUUCCCGAGCGCAACCGAGAGCGAUCUUGUUGAUCUGCUAACGCAUGAUUUUACCCGGGAAGGUUGGCUGCUGAAGACGGGCCCACGGGCAACCGAUAGUUACAAACGACGCUGGUUUACGCUCGACGAUCGGAAGCUUAUGUACCACGAUGAUCAGCUCGAUGCGCACCCGAAGGGGGAAAUCUUUCUCGGCAACCAGCUUGACGGUUACAACGUCCGAAUAGGGGCGCCACCCGGUGCCAAAGAUCAAGGUUUCAGCUUUACGCUCUUUACACCGGAACGCGUGUACAAUAUGUCGUCGCACAGUGAGCAAGAUCGGGACGAGUGGAUUGCCGCAAUACAGACUGUACUGGAACGACCGCUUAGUCCGCAAGACAACUCAAUAUCUGCUCGACUAAUACGCAAGCGUGGUGGAACCAACCCAAAGAGUAUCUUUACGGGUAGGUAA